UUUAUGUUUACAGAAUGGCGUCAAGUCAAUUUCUACUUGUGGAUAAAAAAAGAUAAAAAAAAACCUUAUCAGGAGUAGACACGAUAAAUACAUACUGUGAAUGGGAUAGCGGGGUUUCGAGUUGAAGAUGAAUUUCAUUCGGAACAAUUUCACUGGAAGUUUUAGAAGAAGACAAGAAAAUGUAAUUGAAAACCGAGACAGUUCUCAAAUCAAUCGUGGAGAUGAUAGCGAUGCUUGUUUUGAAACGUACCGGCACCAUUGUACACAAUUGGAAGAAACUAUCUCUAGCUAUAAUAGAAGAAUGGUCCCCGCUGAUGACUUUGAACUCAUCAUUAUUAGUCAUUUAGAACACUUGGUGAAUUUAGUAGGCAAAGAUGUUGAAACGAGAAGAUCUAUUUCAGGACCUUCUGCUUGCCUAGAUCAUUUUCUCAGCAAAAACAUCAUUUCAACAGUUUGUAAUUGGAGCCUUGAAAAUGAUCAUGAUGGCCUGUUAAUUGCUAUAGCAGGGGCAAUUGAUGCAAUAUUAGCUGCAGCCAAGAAAGUUGAUAAAGAUUUGGAACUAUUGAGAAAUCCAAGUUUUCAUCUACCAAUCAGCCAAUUAUUUAAAAGAUAUGAAGUUGAAAAAGUGUCUGGCAAAUGUGUUUCUGCCAAAAUUGAAGCCUUACUUGUCUCAAUAUCCUACUAUGUCUGUGUCUUUAUUGUGAGGGAACCAUCAUACUUGGAUUUGUUUUAUGAUAUUGCUACCAUUGCAGUUGAGCCAAAGUUUCCCUUGAUGACCUUAUUAAUCUGCAAUUUGCACAAAUGUGGAGCCCAAGGCCAAACCUCUCGAGAUAAUUUAAAGUUGUUGAUGGCACUUGCAAAAGAACACCAGUUGUUAGCCCAAUUUAUAGCUUUACAUUCAGAUUUAUGCCCUAUUGUUGCAACUGGGUUAAGUGCGGUAUUCUCUGAUUUACCCCGUCCAUUACCUGGCCACAUAGAAAAAGCGGGAAUGCUGUCAGCCAUGGAUAUUGAAUCGUUGAAAGAAGUGGAAAAUUUUGUAACAUCUUUAGAAUUUUGCGACUCGGUCCUGGAAACAUCAUCUUGGCUUAUUGUCAAUAGAUUACUGGACAUGUGCUAUAAAGGCUUCCUUGUUCCUGUUCUUGGUCCUGCACUUUUUCAGGAUUCGACAGGACUCAGCGUUAAGUUACUCGACUCGCCUUUAAAUGUGAACACCAUGAAGGAAAUAUUUGCCGCGACAUGCUACCUGACUCUCAUGAUUCGUAGGAUUCGUAAUCGGGGUCUGAUCGGCAUCUUCAUUCGCUUUCUUUUUGUUAACACUCACGAAGAACAGCCCAUUAUAGACUAUCUCAUCAAACGAAUGUCAGCAGAAACAGAACUUCGGCUGGCAACCUUAAACCUCUUCUAUGCCUUAGUCGAAUUGAAUUGCGAAGAUGUUAUGUUAGUUUUAGCUAUGCGACAUCUUUUACCGUGUACACAUGUCAUGUUGUCACAGAGGGGUGAUAUCUUACAGGAAAGUGAUACAAACUGCUUGUGGGCGGCCAAAUUUCUUUCCCUAGUGCCAAUCGCGUGUAAUGCUCCUGCCUUAGACAGAAAGAGAGUCGCAGACCUUGAGCGGAAUUCCCAUGAAUCUGAACCUCUUUCUCGAUUACGUAGCUGGUCAAGAACGAACAAUGAUACGGGUGAAAGGAGUUAUGGUCAUCUAUCAUUUACAACAAGUGAGAAAAAACUAGCACUCAGUGAGCAAAUCAUUUCGAAUGAUUGCGUGUCCUCUGAUUUGGAUUUUACCCGUUUUCAAAGAUAUCUUAAAGAUCAGUUCAAUCAGAUUGGUCCAUGUGUAGACGCAGUUCGAUGUUGGACGUAUCGGUACAACGGUUCAAGUCCACCGAUUAAAGAAGCCAUUGGCAUGCUUUAUAACUCGUCAGAGCUUGAAGAACCCAUUAGGUGUACGGGUGCAAGCUCUCAAGUGCUAAACCUGCCAGAGAAACAAGCUGAUCAAAAGGCUUCUUCCCCUUCUUCUGAGUACCCGUUAGUUGAUCCCGCCGACAUUUACAUGUACUGUAUGGAACAGUUGACAACGUGCUUGAGUGAAAUGAAGUCGAAUUCGGCUUCACCUGGACAAAGCAGUGGAUACUACAGUAUUAAUUGCAACUUGCAACCAAAUGACUUGUUGAAAGAAGAGACCACCUUUUUCUCCAAAGAAGUCCAAGAUGAUCUGGAAUUUUGGUCUUUAAUGCGGGACGACGAUUUCGAUUCUACACCGAUUGUUACCCCUGUGGUCCGUUUGGACCAAACAUUUAUAUACCAGCCAAACUUACCAUCCAUCGGGCCAUUCUUGGAAAAUUUAGUCAAAUCCAUCGACGGAUGGCUUAGUAAUAGCAUUGAAGUGAACAUUGCAUUGUGUUCUAUUUUGUCCCGUCUUGCUACUUAUUCUCAUCCGCUGUUGAGAUCUCUCAUACUGAACCCGUACCUCAUCUUACAACCUAGCAUUCCAAGUCUUGCUGUUUGUAUUGCCACAUUAAAACAGCGUAUCGAUAGUGCUCUGAAGGUUCAUGAAAAUCAAGAAAAACUGAUGGAGGAGGCUAGGUUGGCCUUACAGGCUCGCUUGUCACGUGCUGCGCUACAGGUUACGAGAGAUCCCAUCAGCAAAGAAAGGAAGCACAAACCUUCAAAAUUCGCCGGAAUUUUCAAUUCUUUUGUUCGUAAAGAUGUGACGGAUUCAAUUAAAGAAGAAGAUUCUGAACGUUAUCAUCUUGGCAGUAAUAAUCACCGCCAGUCUUUCCGGUCCGAGAAUUCAGAAAAUAGUGAUCCUAUUGGGAACCACGUUGCUAUGUGCGCCGUUCUACUUGAAGAAUGGUUACUUGAACUAGCUGCGCUGUGUAUGGAGCAAGCUGUCCAAUUCACCCCAUUUACCAUCCCCCUUACGCUAUUAUAAAAUCGCAAUACUUGGUUCAUUGUAACUUUAAAGCAAAAUUUUCUUCCCGAGAAUUGGUUUGCUGGUUUACAUAGUUUCCCUUCGUAUUGGCUUUGGUUAUCGAAUUUUUAUGAAAUGAAAUCUUACAGUGAGUGCAUAUAAUUGUAUUCUUUUCCCUAUGAGUAACGGACCUGUCAACAUGAUUUUGGAAAUAAGGGCAUAAAUUUUAUUGAAGAACUGUUAUUACACUAAUUGAGAGAU